AGUGCACCUACCUGUUUGAAAGAGGUCCUCGAGCAGCUCCUUGACACCGUGGUGUCUUACACUGAGCCUACUGGACGUCUGGUCAGCGAGCUGUUCCAGAAGCUUCCCUCCAAAAUGCAAUACCCAGAUUAUUAUGCCAUCAUCAAGGAACCAAUUGAUCUGAAAAUCAUCGCUCAAAAAAUUCAGUUGGGUAACUACAGGAGUGUCAGUGUCAUGGCUAAAGACAUCGAUUUGCUGGUGAAGAAUGCCAAAACUUAUAAUGAGCCUGGGUCACAGGUGUUUAAGGAUGCAAACACCAUUAAAAAGAUUUUUGCACAAAAGAAGUCUGAGAUGGAACAUGGAGAACCAAUCAAGUCCAGCAUUCGCAUCAGGAAUAGAAGGACAGCCCAAGGAGACCGUCUCUCAGCUAUCACCAUGGCUCUUCAGUAUGAAAGUGAUGAGGAAGGCAUUCUCUCUGGGUCUGUUCACUAUGAUGAGGGGGAGUCUGAGGCCGAGAGUAUGACCUCUAACAUGGACAUGAGUAACCCGAUCUUCCAGCUGUAUGAAGCUGUGCGAGGUGCGAGGAACAGCCAGGGUCAACUGAUCUCUGAACCCUUCCUGCAGCUGCCCUCCAGGAAGGACUACCCGGACUACUACCACCAGAUCAGCCAACCCAUUUGUCUCCACCAGAUCAAGAACAAGAUGAAGAACAAUGAAUAUGAAAGCGUGGAGCACAUUGACUCUGACGUGACGCUCAUGUUCGAGAACGCCAAACGUUACAAUGUCCCUCACUCCUCCAUCUACAAGCGUGCGCUCAAGCUCCAGCACAUCCAGCAGAUGAAGAGAAAGGAACUUUUACAGAGAGAUGAUGAUGAUGGAGACAGCAUGCUCUCCUCUGCCACGUCUGACACCAGUAGUACAAAAAGAAAAAGUCACAAGAAGAAUACAAAGAAAAACCGAAUGAAAGCUCUCUUUGCCGUGGUGACUGAAGCGAGAGAAGCCAGCACUGGUCGAAGGCUGUGUGACCUUUUCAUGUUCAAGCCCUCGAAAAAGGACUACCCCGACUAUUACAAGGUCAUCCUGGAACCAAUGGACCUCAGGACCAUCGAGCACAACAUUCGCUCAGACAAGUACAUGACUGAAGAUUCAAUGGUGGAAGAUAUGAAGCUGAUGUUCCGCAAUGCACGGCACUACAAUGAGGAAGGCUCCCAGGUCUACAAUGAUGCUGACAUCUUAGAGAAGAUUAUGAAAGACAGACGUAGGGAUCUUGGGCCAGCGACUGAUGACGAUGACAUAAUGUCUCCAAAGUUGAAAAUAAGAAAGAAUAGUAUUACUUUGAAGAAGUCCAAGUAUCUAACACCCUUACAGCAAAAGCUGAAUGAGCUUUAUGAGGCUGUGAAGAACUACACCGAUAAGCGGGGCCGUCGUCUCAGCACCAUCUUCCUGCGGCUGCCAUCUCGUGCCGAGCUCCCUGAUUACUACAUAGCCAUCAAGAAACCUGUGGACAUGGAGAAGAUCAAGAGCCACAUGUUGGCUAAUAAGUACCAAGAUGUAGACGCGCUGGUAGAGGACUUGGUGCUCAUGUUCAACAACGCCUGUACUUACAACGAACCAGAAUCUCUGAUUUACCGCGACGCUCUGGUGCUGCACAGGGUGCUGUUAGAGACGAGGCGUGACCUGGAGGGUGGAGAGGAUGCCCACGUGCCUGAUGUGCCAAGACUCAUCCAGGAACUUAUCCGCAGCCUCUUUGUUUCUGUGCUCAGUCACCAGGACGACGAGGGCCGAUGCUACAGUGAUUCACUUGCUGAGAUUCCCGCCCUUGAUCCGGUAAACCCUGAGAAGCCACUACUCAAUUUUGAUAUCAUCAGGAAGAAUGUAGACAGAGGGCGUUACAAGAGGUUGGACGUGUUUCAGGAUCACAUGUUUGAAGUGUUGGAAAAAGCCAGACGAUUGAAUAGGACCGACUCUGAGAUCUUUGAAGAUGCUGUGGAGCUGCAGCAGUUCCUAAUCCGCAUCAGAGAUGAGCUGUGUAAGAAUGGAGAGAUCUUAAUGUCUCCUGCUCUCAGCUACACCUCCAAACAUCUGCACAGUGAUGUGGAAAAGGAGAAGAAAGAGAAGUUACCCAAGGAGUUCGAGGAGGACAAAAUCAAGAGGGAAGAAGAAAAAAGGGAAGCGGAGAAGAGGGAGGACUCUGUUGGCGGAUCAUGGCAGUCAAACCUGCAGCGCACGUACAGUCAGGACUGCAGCUUUAAGGACAGUAUGUACCAUGUGGGAGACUAUGUGUAUGUGGAGCCUGCAGAGCCCAACCUCCAGCCCCAUAUCAUCUACAUUGAACGCCUGUGGCAGGAUGACACUGGUGAGAAGUGGCUGUAUGGCUGCUGGUUCUACAGGCCAAACGAAACAUUUCAUCUUGCUACUAGAAAGUUCUUGGAGAAGGAAGUCUUUAAGAGCGACUAUUACAACAAGGCUCCGCUUAGCAAGAUUCUGGGCAAGUGUGUGGUCAUGUUUGUGAAGGAGUACUUCAAACUUCACCCAGAAGGCUUCAGGAGAGAGGAUGUGUAUGUUUGUGAGUCGCGCUACUCUGCCAAAUCCAAGUCCUUCAAGAAGAUCAAGAUGUGGACGAUGCCCCUGAGCUCUGUUCGGUUUGUUCCUAGAGAGGUACCCCUCCCUGUAGUCCGUGUGGCGUCCAUGUUUGCCCUCAAACAAGAGGAGAAACCAACAGAGAUUGCUGAUGAAAGCAAAAUGAUGGAUGGUGUUGUAGACAAGGAGAGGGAGGAUGUUACAAUGGAUAUGAGCAAUGGGGAGCCAGGGUGUCAGUACUAUGAGCAGCUCUGCUACAACAACCUCUGGCUCAAAGUGGGAGACUGCAUCUACAUAGGAUCUCAUGGACUAGUGCGCCACCGGGUGGGCAGGAUUGAGAAAAUGUGGAUGCGCGAUGGAGCCGGCUACUUCUUUGGUCCCAUUUUCAUUCAUCCAGAAGAAACCGAGCAUGAGCCCACUAAGAUGUUCUACAAAAAGGAAGUGUUCCUUAGCAACCUGGAGGAGACUUGUCCCAUGACUUGCAUCAUAGGAAAGUGUAUAGUGUCAUCCUUCAAAGACUACCUGUCAUGCCGGCCAACUGAAGUACCUGAAGAGAACGUGUUGCUUUGUGAGAGCCGCUACAUCGACUGUGAGAAGCAGAUGAAGAAAUUUAAGGGGCUCAAGCGCUUUUCACUCUCUGGGAAGGUGGUGGAGGAUGAAAUCUACUAUUUUAGAAAGCUCAUCGUGCCCCAGAAGGAGCCAUCACCUCUGCUGGACAAGAAAAUAGAGGAACUGGAGGCUAAGUUUGCUGACAUGACCGAUGAGGAGCUGGAGGAUCUUGGUGAUGAUGAUGGCGAGCUAGGGGACCAGUCUCUUCCUCAGAUGCAAUCUUCCUUGUCUAGUGAAAUGGAUAUCAUGCCUUACACUCCUCCACAGUCUACACCAAAAUCCAUGAAAGGUCUUUCAAAGAAGGAGGGCUCAAAGCGGAAGAUCAACAUGAGCGGUUACAUCCUGUUCAGCAGUGAGAUGCGAGCGGUCAUCAAAGCCCAGCACCCAGACUUCUCCUUCGGGGAGCUGAGCCGCCUUGUUGGCACAGAGUGGAGGAACCUUGAGAGUUCCAGGAAAGCAGAGUAUGAAGAGCGAGCAGCUAAAGUGGCCGAGCAGCAGGAGCGUGACAGGGCCCAUCAUCAGACGUCCCCUAGAGCAGGUGUCAAUGGUAUGGGUGGACAUGGAAACAUUCAUGGAUCCCAGAUGGGUUUGAUAGGCUCAGGGCAGCAGGCUCCACCACCAUAUCCAGGACAAGGCCAGAUGGGACAACCUGCACUCCAGCAACCGUCCACCCCAAUGUUUGUGUCCCCACCAGCCAAGUCUCAGCGGCUGCUUCACUCUGAAGCGUACCUCAGAUACAUUGAGGGCCUCACUGCAGAAUCCUCCACCAUUAGCAAGUGGGACCAAGCCCUCUCAGCUCAAAAACAAGAUGUACGUCUGACAAAAGAGCAGGAAAGCAGACUACCGUCCCACUGGCUGAAGAGCAAGGGCGCCCACAAGACAAUGGCAGAUGCCCUUUGGCGACUCCGUGACCUGAUGCUGCGAGACACCCUGAACGUUCGUCAGACGCACAACCUGUAGCAUGCCCGCACUAUGAGCCUCUGUCCCCAAACCUGUGAGACAGGAAGAGGGUUAAAGCUCGCUAAAAGUGUUCACUUUGUAUUGUCAUUUAAAGAAAUGUGUUUGUAUUUGUGUAAGCUACUUUCUGUGUUGAAGCUGUUGCUCUUUCUGUUUUACAUUUCAGAUAUACUGUUCUAAGUACAUGAUGUUAAGACUGUCAUUCUGUGAUGAAUGCCUUCAUGCUUUCACGAUUAA